UUGCAGAUCUGCCAAAGUGUUGUUUUCGUUUUACCGAACAGCAGAUUGCCUUGUAAAUAAGUUAAUUAGUUGAAUAUGUGCUACGAAGCUGCAAGUACACCGCAAUUAUUGUUGUUGCUUUUUGUCGCGAAAUAUCUGGUGAUUACCUGUUCAGGGAAGGUGUUUUCAAUACACGGAAAACCCCUGAUUAAUGUGGUAUGGACAGCGGAGGUGACGGUUCGCAAAGCUACGAUUCACCUGCCCCAAGACGUUCAUCAUCACCAUCUUCCUCUCACCCCACCAGUGCAUACCUUCAACUGGAAACAACACCACUGCCCCGUGAAAUUCUACAGCUGAGAAGGCAUUAUAAUAAGGACAAUAGCGAUGGCCAUGAUCUGUUACCUGAGAAUUCUCUGGACAACAUGGUGCACCAGUUUUCAUCUUCCUGUGUCAGUGGAGCACAUGUUGACCUUACACACCACCUGUCUGUUUCUGCAAUGGCAGUAAAUGUCACUACCCCUGGUAUUGAGGCAAAAGAUGUAUGGAAAUGUGGAUACCUGAGAAAGCUGAAACCUAGCAACCAGAGAUUUUUUGUCUUGAGAGGGCCAAGUAACACAGGCCCCAGUCGCUUAGAAUACUAUGAUAGUGAGAAGAAAUUCAGGAAUAGAAUGACAUCUUCUAAACCUACCAAUGCAGUUAGUUCUCCGAAGAAGAUCAUUUAUCUCCAUCAGUGCCUCACCAUUAGCAAGAGGGCUGAUUCUAAACAUAGGCACCUAAUAGCCCUGUACACUAAGGAUGAGUACUUUGUCAUGAUCGCAGAGAGUGAGAAGGAGCAAGAGGAUUGGUGUCUGGCUUUGAAUGAACUGAUGAUCGAAGAGAAAAAGGAGCGCCCGGAUGCUGAGGACUUGGAUGAUGGAUACUGGACCCUCUCUCCUGGCUCCAUCUUCAAGGAUGUGUGGCAGGUGAUAGUAAAGCCCAAAGGUUUAGGCCAAACCAAGAACCUGGCUGGGGUGUGUCGUCUCUGUCUCUCCGCCAAGACCAUCCGCCUGGUGAAGGCGAGUUUGGACACGCCCUCUGUGAACCUGCCCCUGGUUAACAUCCGUCGCUGCGGUCACUCCGAGAGCUUCUUCUUCAUCGAGGUGGGCCGUUCGUCCUCCACCGGGCCCGGGGAGAUCUGGAUGCAGGUGGACUCAGCUGACCCUGCGCAGGCUCAGAUCAUCCACGAGACCAUCCUGGAGGCCAUGAGGGCACUAAGGGCCAUCCCUGAUUUCCGCCAGCGGAGCACCAGUCAGUCGUGCCCAUCGAACCCCUGCGCUGCAGUUCACACACGCCGUCAUCCUCAUGGCAACCUGCCACCUAGCCAGACCGGACUACGGUGUUCCUCAAAGGCUGGAAGUGUUGUGCGCAAACAUUCCUCAAAGAAAAGUGAAGGAGACGAAGGCCUCUCCGCUAAAAAGACCUCUAGGCAAGUAGAGAGGACAAUCAACCAACGAACCAGGCCCGGUAAUGGCACCCUGGCUUUCUGUGAUUUCUGCAUCAAUAAAAGCUUUGAGGAGAGCCUCAGUCACUGUGCCUGCAUUUCUACUGGAGGCCCAGUCAAUGGGUCCAGCAGCAGUGGCCGUGGCAUUGAUAAAUACACCCGGCACCAUGACACCUCUGUCUGCAGUUCUGCCUGCGACCAACGCCCUAUAAUUUCUGUGGUUUUGAGCUCUGAGAGGUGCAUCUUUCAGGUUUCCAAUAGUAACACCACUGCCACACUAUGCAACACAACACACCUAGAAGACCACAGCCAAGGAGAGAGCAUUGCUGUGGAAAAGUCCACUACGGAACAUUCCGGAGAAUACCACCGAAACACUUUGUGCACUCCAAAACGUGAAAAAUACCUCUCCUCCAAACCCCCCCCCCUCUGUCGCCGGAGUGAAUUUGCAGUGAAAGAUGGUUAUAUGCCAAUGACGCCUGGCCCAGUGCCUCACGGUGCAGAUGGUACUCCUUCAGAAGUCUCUCUGCCCCCCACUCCUCCUAAAACCCCAGGGGCUACCUCUUUGCCCUUAGACCUGGCAAGGCCUUACGGGUGCAUGACGAUGUUCCCACGUAGUAGUUUGAAAGUGAAGGAUAGCCUCGGCGAAGUCGAUCCGUCAUCGCCUGACGAGUAUGUCACCAUGUUUCUACGGAGCACCAUGGAAGAGGAUGCAGAUGACUCCCCUGAAGCUCUUAAGCUCUGCAGAUCCUCUUGCACUCCACCUAGAACACGCCAGGCACCCUUACAGAGGAAGAAUGAACGUGAUGACUAUGUUCCCAUGUGCCAUCCUGUAGGCCACUCAGUUGAAGGGACCAGAAGAAGACUUUUCCGUAGCUCACCACGUCAGACUUCUCAUCCGAGCAGUGAUGUUCAGCUGGACAUAUCGGAUUUGCAUGCGUUUAACGUCAAUGGUCAAUCCUUGGAGCGGCACGGGUUGAUAUUGGAAGGCGACCAGCUCACGACAACUGAGCUCAUUUUAAAUUCAAAUCGUCUUGAUAAUGUUGCUCUGGGUGGUCACUGUGUCACCUGUGAUGCCCACUUGCCUACUGGCGAUGCCACCUUCCCUAAUGGAAGAAGUACCAGUCUCCAAGAGAGUUGCCCUGAGUCCUACACUGUCACAGAGCUCUGUGAAUCACCUGGGCAAAAUGCUACCACCAGACGUUGGCUCCGUUUGUGUCUCCCAUUUUGUCUCAAUACGGACAACAGUGAGUAACAGGACUGUUAUAGUUUUGUCAGUGAUGCUUUUCAAUUGAUACAUUUAGGAUCAAUCAGAUUGGGAAUACACAGCCUUGUUUUGUACGGGUUCAGAAUUUGAAAAGACGAAGUGAUCGGUUCUCAGAUCGAAUUUUCAUAUUGAAAAUGUCAGUUGUUUAUUUACUGUUUUUGUAUGGGUUCAUAAUUAGAAAAUAAAUUAGCAAGUUAGUUAUCUUGGUUGAAUAGUUUAUACUGGAAAUAUCUGUUGUAUUUAUGUUCUUUCAGUGGGUGUUGCUACACUUGGUUGGUCAUUUAAAGAAUAUCAUGAAUAUUGGUCUAAUUUACAGUAUUUGUCUUUUCUAUGAAUUAACAAAGGAUGGUUAAUACAUUUCUUAUUUUCACAUUUAUUCUGUUUGUUCUGUACCUUUAAAGUCCACUUUUGGUUUAUGAAAAAAAAUAACACCACGGGCAUUGAUUUGUGUUGGAUUUUCAUGCCCCAGUGAUUCCACAUUUCUAUGCUUGGUAGUGGAUUAUGAAAUUAAA